AUGAAGGUGUUAGGGUUGUCUCCUCUCUUUCUUGUUUUGACUGUUGGUUUUCUUUUCUUCUGGGCGCCCGGAGCUCAGGCCUGGAGCAAAGAAGGUCACAUCAUGACUUGCCGCAUCGCACAGUCUCUUCUAGAUCCCGCAGCAUCAGAGGUUAUUAGUAAUUUACUACCUGAUUAUGUUAAUGGAGACUUGUCAUCCUUAUGUACAUGGGCGGACCAAAUUCGUAUCUUGUACAAAUACCGGUGGACUAGCCCUCUUCACUACAUUAACACUCCUGAUGAAGCUUGCUCCUUUGAUUAUUCCAGGGAUUGUCACAACCCAAAAGGAGUGAAGGACAUGUGUGUGGCUGGUGCUGUUCAGAAUUUCACAACUCAGCUGGCGAACUACAAAAAAGGAUCAUCUGACAGUCGUUAUAAUAUGACUGAAGCCUUACUAUUCUUGUCACAUUUCGUGGGGGAUAUCCAUCAGCCAAUGCAUGUUGGAUUUUCAAGUGAUGAAGGUGGGAACACAAUUGAAUUGCGUUGGUACAGGCACAAGUCUAACCUUCACCAUGUCUGGGAUAGAGAGAUCAUUCUUACUGCCGAAAAGUUAUUAUAUAACAAUGAUAUGGAUCUCUUCCAAGAAGACAUACAGAAGAACUUCACCAAUGGAAUCUGGUCAGAUGACCUUUCAUCUUGGAAAAACUGUAGUAGUGAUGAUCUCUCCACUUGUCCAACCAAGUGGGCUGAAGAGAGUAUAGACUUGGCAUGCAAAUGGGGUUACAAAGGUGUUACGCCCGGUCAAACUUUAUCUGAUGAGUAUUUCAAUUCAAGAUUUCCGAUUGUUGCGAAACGAAUAGCACAGGGUGGAGUGAGGUUAUCCUUGAUUUUGAACCGGUUAUUUGGGCACCAGCCAACCCUCCACCACCACAGUCAAGAAAUGUUGGCAACAACUUGAGCAUUGCUUAUCUCAUCAGCUUUCCUUCUGCAAUGUAUUCUUUU